GCUCUUUUCACGGUACCAACUAAAAAUGUACUUCAAUAUUAAAACUGGUAUUUUGGUUUUGUUCGUAGUGGUUGAGUUUUCAAGUGGUUUACCUUAUAACAGCAAAAAAUCAACCGACGAAGGAUCUGACGUUCUUGAAGAUUCCAGAUUAUUAAUACGUCUUCGAAGAAACCCUGAUAAUGGCCCACAAUCAGAAGCUAUUAUAGAACCAAGAUUCGGUCGUGGAUGGCAAAACAAUCACCAUGGAUAUAAUCACGGCGUUGGACGAUGGAAUCGGGGACCAACACGGGGAAUUCAUCAUUGGAACUAUUUUGGACAUAACUGGGGUCAGAAUCAUCCCAACUUUGGCUAUGGCCCACCGGGAUAUCACCCCCAACAUCAACCAUGGAAUCCACACGGCAAUCCACAUUAUCCCGAUGGUAGUUACCCUCAUGGUUGUUCUCACAACAACGGCCGACCAAAUCCUACAAAAACACCACCCGAAAAUUCCAGUGAAAACCCAAGUGUUAGUUCUUCAACAGAAUCAGGAUCAACUAUUCCACAGAUUGACAUUAGAGUGGGCAACUAAAAUUGCUUAUCUAGAUUAAUUGACUUAUUUAUAUUUAGGUAUAAGAUAAUUUCUGUAUUUAUUUUAAUUAAGUUUAUAUAAAACUGUACAGUGUAA